CCCUCGCAGUGACGCAGGGCGAGCCACGUGGAGCCUGGUUGCAUCAGCUGCCGCGCCUGCGCAGUGCACUCAUCCCAGCCGGGCGGCGUGUUCCGGGUCUUGCUUCUGGUGCUGUCAUUGCCGGCGUGGUCUGGAGGGUCCAGGCGGGGAGGAUGGAGGCAGAGGCACAGGUUGCAGUUUCUGGGGAGAAAAAGAAAGAACCAGGAAAGAAGAAAUGCAAGGAGGAAACUGGCAAUGGGGGCUGCGCAGAGUUGAGUCCCUGGCCAGAAUUUAUUAACCAGCGCCUAGAAAUGUACCAUAAACUGAAAGCGGAGCAUGAUGCGCUUCUGGCAGAACGUGCUGCUAAAGAAAGCCACCCCAUUAAAGUUACUUUACCGGAUGGCAAGCAAGUUGAUGCUGAGUCCUGGAAGACAACGCCAUACCAAAUUGCCUGUGGCAUCAGUCAAGGUUUGGCAGACAACACCGUGAUUGCUCGAGUGGACAAAGUGGUUUGGGAUCUAGAUCGUCCUUUGGAGAAAGAUUGUACCUUGGAACUCCUAAAGUUUGAUGACGAAGAAGCACAAGCGGUAUAUUGGCAUUCAAGUGCCCACAUAAUGGGUGAAGCUAUGGAAAGAAUAUAUGGCGGUUGUUUGUGUUACGGUCCACCAAUAGAGAAUGGAUUUUAUUACGAUAUGUUCGUGGAAAAUGGGUGUGUCUCUAGCAAUGAUUUUCCUGCUCUAGAAUCAUUAUGCAAGAAAAUUAUGAAGGAAAAGCAAGUUUUUGAGCGACUAGAAGUUAAGAAGGAAACGUUACUUGAAAUGUUUAAGUACAACCAGUUCAAAUGUCGGAUCUUGAAUGAAAAAGUCACAACUCCAACCACUACUGUAUACAGGUGUGGCCCUUUGAUUGAUCUUUGCAGGGGACCUCAUGUAAGGCAUACUGGGAAAAUAAAGGCAUUAAAAGUUCAUAAGAAUUCCUCAACAUAUUGGGAAGGGAAAUCUGAUAUGGAAAGCUUGCAGAGAAUUUAUGGAAUUUCAUUCCCAGAUGCAAAAAUGCUAAAAGAGUGGGAGAAAUUUCAAGAGGAAGCAAAGAACAGAGAUCACAGAAAAAUUGGACGGGAUCAAGAAUUGUUUUUCUUCCAUGAGCUGAGCCCUGGCAGCUGUUUUUUUCUUCCAAAGGGAGCCUAUAUUUACAAUACAUUGAUAGAAUUUAUCAGGAGUGAAUAUCGAAAGCGAGGAUUCCAGGAAGUUGUUUCUCCCAAUGUCUACAACAGCAAGCUUUGGGUGACAUCUGGGCACUGGCAGCACUACAGUGACAACAUGUUUUCCUUUGAGGUGGAGAAAGAAAUCUUUGCUCUGAAGCCAAUGAACUGCCCUGGACACUGCCUCAUGUUUGAUCACCGACCAAGAUCCUGGAGGGAGUUGCCUCUGCGAUUGGCUGACUUUGGAGUUCUGCACCGUAAUGAACUGUCGGGCACACUUACAGGGCUCACCAGAGUGAGGCGGUUCCAGCAGGAUGAUGCACAUAUAUUCUGUGCCAUGGAGCAGAUUGAAGGGGAGAUAAAGAACUGUCUGGAAUUUUUGCGUGCGGUAUAUGAUGUGUUUGGAUUUUCUUUCAAACUCAAUCUCUCCACCCGUCCAGAAAAAUACCUUGGAGACAUUGAAGUGUGGAAUCAAGCUGAGAAGCAACUUGAAAAUAGCCUGAAUGACUUUGGUGAAAAGUGGGAAUUGAAUCCUGGGGAUGGUGCUUUCUAUGGACCAAAGAUUGACAUUCAGAUUAAAGAUGCCAUUGGACGAUACCAUCAAUGUGCUACAAUUCAAUUAGAUUUCCAGCUUCCAAUAAGAUUUAAUCUCACAUAUGUGAGUCAUGAUGGAAAUGACAAAAACAGGCCCGUGAUUAUACAUCGUGCCAUUCUGGGAUCUGUGGAGAGGAUGAUCGCAAUCCUGACAGAAAACUAUGGCGGCAAAUGGCCACUCUGGUUGUCUCCUCAGCAAGUAAUGGUGGUACCAGUUGGACCAACAUGUGAUGAAUAUGCACAGAAGGUGAAGCAACAGUUCCAUGAUGCUGGGUUAAUGGCAGAUGUUGAUGUGGACCCCGGCUGUACUCUGAACAAGAAGAUAAGAAAUGCUCAGCUUGCACAGUACAACUUCAUUUUAGUAAUUGGCGAAAAAGAGAAGGCAAGUGGAACGGUUAAUAUCCGCACCAGAGAUAACAAGGUUCAUGGUGAACGUACUGUGGCUGAAACGGUGGAGAGGCUGCAGCAGCUGAAGCGCUCACGCUCCAGAAAUGCUGAAGAGGAGUUUUAAUCAAGACCUUGUUUCUCCGCCUUAGGCUAGCGUUACAGCUGGAUCUUUGGCUUCUUCACUUAUUAGCCCAGCCGAACAGUGAUCUUAGCACUGUAUUCUCCUGGAAAUGGGAUUUUUCCCAGCACUUCCCUACUGUUUUGUAUGAUCCUAACUGAAUUGAGAGUCCAUUUUAUAUGAUGAGCAUAGUUGCCUUGCCUGCCCUUGAAUGGAAUCUUGUGAAGGUGUUGGAAUUAGGCUUCCAAAUAUGGGAGGGAAUACUAGAGUCUUCCAAACGUUGUUGAAUGGCAACUGCUGGCAGCUUUUGCCACCUUAACUAAUGAGCUUCUGUAGAACACUGUAUUUCCAACUCCUGGAAUGAAUCAAACUAUGAAAUGUUUAAUUGGGGAUUAAAAUGACCAUGUAGCAACGAAUUCUUUUAUGUCUUUUCAAAAUAAAUUUGUAAGAAAAUGCCUUCUAAAGUUCAACAAGAA